AGCGCCGCGACCCGGCGGCGUCGACGCGCGCGGAGCACCCGACGGCGGCGUCCCCUCGCGAAGGAAGGAAUCGCGCUCGCGGCGCGGAGGCCGGCGCGUCCGCGCGUCCAUCGCCGCCGACGGAGAUGGCGAAGACCGCGGCGACGAUGAUGAAGAAGCCAUCGACGGAUCCCGACGACGUCGACCUGGAGAACCUCUCGGACGACGAGCUCGACGAGUGGCUGCGCGAGAACUCCAAGUACGACGGCGAGUUCGGGUUCGACCCCGACGACGACUCCGACGAUGACGAGAACGACGCGGACGGGAAGCCGCGCGCGAAGCGCCCGGGCCUCGGAGCGGCGCUUCCGAUGGCGAUCGGAUCGCUCGUCCUCGCCGCCGCCGCGAUGGUCGCGCGUCGGAUGCGGCGACGCCGCGCGCCCGCGGCGGAUCCCGCGCCGGUGAAACUGAAGGUGGACGCCGCGAAGAGGAAGAAGAAGAAGCCGCCGAUCGCCUCCUCCUCCUCCUCCUCCGCGAAGACGUGCGCGCACUGCGGCGGCGCCGAUCCGAAGCCGCCCGCGACGAAGCUCCUUCGAUGCGGUCGAUGCAAGGCGGUGAACUUUUGCAGCGCGGCGUGUCAGAGGGCGCACUGGCCGACGCACCGAGGAUCGUGCGUCGCGGCGGCGCCGAAGCCCACCGCGCCGCCGGCGGCGACCGCGACGGUUGACGUUCCAGCUUCCACUGCCCCCGCCGCAAAUGCCGCCGCCGCGGACGCGAGGACGGAUGAGCAAAAAGCCGCGGACACGGCGGCGAUGCGAAGGCGAGUCGCGGAGCGCCUCGUCGCGGACCGCGAGCUCCAGGGCGCGCUGGACGACCUCAGGCGCAGGAUACAGACCGCGUCGGAUAUUUUCUGGCGCGGCGGGUACCGAGAGGCGGUGCUGCAGCUCCAAGACAUCGCGUCGAAGGCGCACGACAUCCCGCACGGGAAAUCCGUGGAGUGCGAGGCGUUGCGAAUGUGCGGACACGGACUCAUCCGCCUCCGGCAGUUUACGCCCGCGAAGCAGUGCCUCUCGACGUGCCUCGAGAUCGCGCAGUCGAUAGGCUCGGCAUCGCUGGAAGCGAACGCGCGCGUCGCGCUCGGGCAGCUCGCGAGCAACAUCGAUCCGCCCGAUCACGCCGCCGCCAUGGAACAUCACGCCGAGGCCAAGCGGCUCGCGGCGCGCGUGGGAGACAUCCCCGGCGAAGCCGCGGCGGCGUUGAACCUGGCAAAUACGCUGUCGCGCGUGGGGCGGAAACGAGAGGGCGUGGACAUGAUGCGCGUCGCGUUGGACUUGCGGAAGAGACAGGUGAUCGCCGCGGAGGAGGCGCUCGCGACCGUGAUGACGCGGGAGACGAGCGCCUCCGCGAGCGGCGGUCGAGACGCGGCGAGCGCGGAGAACAGCCGAGCGGCGUACGCGCGUCGAUCGCUCGCGGAGGCGUUACGGUCGGAAGCCGCGGCGAAGGCGAACCUCGGCACCGCGGUCGCGAGCUUCGACGACGACGCGCCGGCCGGCGGCGGGAAUGGCGGCGGUGGGAGCGGGAGCGGGAGUAACGCUCUGGACGCGAUCGAGCUGUUCGAGGACGCUCUGAGCUCGCUGAAGAAGAAGGCGCGGGUCGUCGCGGACGCGCACGACGUGGAGCUCGAGAUUGGGCUCCUGUUGAACUUGUCCAACGUGAACGAUAAUCAGCACCCGGAUAAGGUCGCGGGCAGGGCGGAGGCGGCCGCGCGGAGGGGCGAGCUCGCGGACGCGAUGGCGAAGAUACCGGGCGGCGGGCGGAGCUUAUCGACCGAGUGCGCGAUCUGUUUGGAGGCGAUGUCGCCGUUCGACGGCGAGUGCGGCGCUCGCGUCGACGGCGACGGCGGCGGCGGCGACAUUCGAGCGAAGGGCGACGGGCGGUCGAUCACGACGCUGUCGUGCCUGCACGGGUACCACACGAAGUGCUGGGAUAAGGUCGUCGGGGAUAAGCACGCGGCGGCGUGCCCGGAGUGUAGGAAGCGGCAGGACCUCGCGGCUUCCGACGCGAGGUCGGGGGCGGCGCGGGAGCGGGUGACGGUUCACGCGUGACGCGCGACGAACAGAACGGCGCGAAGCCUUCCUUCUCUACUGUACGACGUCGUUGUACACGCGCGCCUACGCGUUCUUACUCA